AUGUCCACCUGGCUUAUUAGUCGCAGCUCCAGAUCCUUUUCUCUCAAACUGGAUCUUUCUAAAAUCCUUGGCCCUCCCGAGGGUCCAAGAGAUGCGGAACCUCGUCCUCCUGCCUCGCCUUAUGUCGAGUCAGAGGCACAGGAUGAGGUACCGGACUCGGUCGUUGACCUUGAACCAAAUAUUCCGUCCUUGUCAUUCAUUGUGGCUAUCGAAGCAUGGAAGGAGGGAAAAGUGUGCUACAUUUCCGAAUCGGUAUCCGAGAUACUAGGCAAGUCGUGCUUUGAAAGGGAGGAAGUCAUUGGCACGCCCGCUUAUGGCUUCUGCCAUCCUGAUGAUGCGCCGCAGCUCUAUCGUGCUUACCAGGAAAUGAUUUCCGAAGAUAAGGCUGCGUGUAUCAUGUAUCUUCGCGUUCGGCACCAUGAUCCUCGAAUACGUUUUGUUCUAGGGUCAAUUUCUUGUUCCAGAGUAGGGCAGCACCUCAUCGGCGCAUUAUCGAUCGCGUCGUCCACGACUAAGGCCAUGCACAACGCGUCGACAGCACAAGAAGUGAUUGUCAUUUCUCCCGAGGCAGCACACUUGCAUUUUCGACGUUGGAACGAGCCUCCACCCAUAACCGCUCCUACAUCCCCAGUACAGCAUGGAUCGUCUUCCUCAGCUUCUGCGUCACCGCAAUCUCGAGAAAACUCUUUAGAUCCUCCUUCGCCACCUAGAUAUGAACCGGAAAAACUCUCUCAGUCUUUGCACGGGCUCACUCUGUCCCCGCCUGCUCAAGAGACAGCGCCUAAGCGUGUGGCAUUCGUCCUCGACCGCUUCUCUGUCAACGUUCCCAUCACAUAUGCGAAUAAUGACGAUAUACUGCCGAGGUCACUAGUACUAAACCGGUCGUUCUAUGACUUUGUCACACCUGGGGACGAGAGUCGGCUACGUAAAGCCCUGGACGCGGUGAAAGGCUGGGGUGUUAACGAGAGAGGACACCCGAGCGAUGGCGGAUUCGCUUUCAACCGGUUCCACUUGUACUUGAGAGGCAGAGACUCAUCCGUUCCUCCAGACUCUACACUACUACGCAACCGUCGCACGUCGCACGCUGACACGUCCGGCGUGCGGAACAAUCGAGAUAGGCGAACCAGCUCCUCGCACAACCAGUCGGGCCCGACUCCGAGCUCGAACGAGCCGCCUACCCCGUCGUCGAGCCGCAACCGAAUAAAGCAGCGCAUGCCUCCCGAGCGAGGAGUCGGCGCUCCUUCACGAGACAUCCAACUCGUAGAUGUAAUCUUCUCGCCACAGUCAGAUGGUAUCAUCGCUAUUCUAAGGCCUGCCCUCCCGACACGGUAAAAAAGGGACAUCAUACGCUAUGAAUGAGGUUCACGAGUCGUCCAGCUGUUACGCUUACGAUCUCCCUUGUGAUGAUCUAUCUAACUUUCCCUAAAUCUCAAUCUGUUUACGAGGUGUUAACGUGUUAACGAAGAAAGAAACUGAUACCAUUCAGAUUACUGUGUUCGGAAUAUCCUUCUUUUUUGGUGUUGUGAUUAAAGACUAUCUGGCUUUUAUCUUCCUGCGUCUACUCGCCUUCCCUACUCCCCUCCCCUUGAAAAAUUCGUAUAGAUAAGAGCUUAUUGCAUGUCACGCUGUUGUUGUUGUGCUU